AUGUUGAUGGCAAUGUGCACCCAAUUAGCAGGACCACACACGUUGACUCCACCACAAUGCCGUAUAAAGACCCCAUCAAAAACAGUACAAAAAGUUCAAAAGACACACUCAAUGGCUCCUGAAAAAAAAGAAAUUUUCAAGUCAUUAGAGAGUUGGGUAUCACAAAAUGUGUUGCCACUAGCCAAACCUGUGGAGGAAUGUUGGCAGCCGCAUGACUUGUUGCCAGAUUCAUCACUUCCGUCGGAUGAGUUCAUCAAUCAAGUGAAGGCCUUAAGGGAUCGAACAGUUGAACUUCCAGACGAUUACCUCGUAGUUUUGGUCGGUGAUAUGAUCACCGAGGAAGCAUUGCCUACAUACCAAACAUGGAUAAACAAGUUGGAUGGGGUUGGGGACGAGAGUGGUUCAAGUCUCACACCAUGGGUUAUAUGGUCACACUCUUGGACUGCUGAAGAAAAUAGACAUGGUGAUUUACUCAAAACUUAUCUCUAUCUCUCUGGUCGAGUUGAUAUGCACAUAAUCGAGAAGACCAUCCAUUAUUUGAUUGGAGCUGGCCAGGAUGUGGGUACUGAAAACAACCCAUACAUGGGCUUUGUAUACACAUCUUUUCAAGAGCGAGCCACAUUUGUGUCACACGGCAACAUGGCUCGGUUAGCUAAAAAGAGUGGUGAUUUUGUACUAGCGCGCAUAUGUGGAACCAUUGCUGCAGACGAGAAGCAACAUGAGAAUGCAUACGUGAAAAUUGUUGAGAAGCUUCUAGAAGUGGACCCAACAGAGACUAUGAUAGCCAUAUCAAAUAUGAUGCGGCGCAAGAUUACAAUGCCCGCGCACUUGAUGCAUGAUGGGCAAGACCCACACCUCUUUGAUAAUUUUUCUGUUGGCGCAGCUGAAACUUAG